CUCGAGCUCUUCUGGGAUUAAUAUAGACGAGCCUAGCCUGCGAGCGAGGUUAGCCUGGCCGGGCAAGGUCCGGGUGGCUCGAUGUACGGGUGCAUUGUCAUCAACCAUUACGAAUCGAUGGCCAUGGUUUAUCUUAAAGGGACCUGAUAAUACCCGAGUCAUCAAGCCACGACACGGGAAUAAUUGGCGUUCUAGCACUAAUCAUUAUACCGCCUUCGCCUUCGUGCUUACGGUGGCCGGAGAUUGUCGAUGCCCGAACUGUCACCUAUUGUGGUGGCUGGGGCGUGAAGAGGAUAGCUCGCUCAUGCGUUCCGCAUCCAUCUUUGACAGCAUCAUUGCUUGACAGAAGGAGAGGACGCUUUUCAGUUCCUAUCGCUUUGCACAAUGACGUCGAAUAAGGCUGGACGCGAGACGUGGGCUGUGUUAAUUUCUAGUUCAGUUGCAACCCACAACUCCGUUUUUAUUGUACAGUCAGUGGUUGUUGGGUCUCGGGCAGUCAGCAAUCUGGUGUAACGCUCCUUAGCAGUUAAUAAAACUUCAGUUGGUUUUGUUCAGUUGAACCACUUCGCAAUUAAUUAGCAAAGUUAUCCACGCAGUAACACCUCCGUUUAGUGUUCAUGACAGGGAUACAGUCACUUUACGUGCUAUUUCUCUCCUAGAACGGCUUUCUUCCCCUAAAAUAACAAUUCAACUCGCACAAGGCACUUGAAUCAAGUUGAUCACACUUAAGAACGAAUAUUUACAAGGAUUUAUAUCUUUUUGUACAGAAAAACUUAAUUUUUAAUUAAUUUGUUUUUAAGUGACUUAGAAAAAAAUGUGAUUCUUAGAAAAACAAACAUUUUAUUGUAACACAACGAAACCGAUUUCGCAUGUUAAAGUAAUCUCAAACUUUUUUGAAGCGUGUAUGUAUAAUCCUUUAUAUGCUUGUUAUUUUCUCCCGUUUUGCAAACUUUAUUCAUUUCGUUAUUAUUUUUCUUCAGGGAACCAUUAUAGAAUUAACAGGUUCAGAAGGAAGAAAUUCAUCUCUGCGGACUAGAAAUAUAUCCCGGCGAUCGGGUAAAAGUCCUAAAAAGUCACCUUCUAACGUCAGCCCGAAGAAAUCCGCACUCAAAGAUCCUUUUGCGAAACGAGGAACACGAAAAACCGAAUCCAUAAAGUUCGAUCUAAGUAAUUUAGAAAACCACGCAGAAGACACGGACGUGAUGAUGGUGAGCGAUGUGAGCUCGCAGUCCUGCCACAGCGCGGCCUCCGCGGACCUCACGCUGCAUUACUCGGCCGGCUCGCCCGCCUCGCGGCCCGGCUCGCGCGCCAGCCGCCUCGUGCAGCGCGCUCUGCAGCCCGUCAGCCCGCACUCGCCCCGAGCUGGCCUCGAGUCCUAUUCCAUCGUUGAUUUAGUGUCCCUUGAUUCUAACGAGUCUGGCCGAUCAACUUCUGUGUAUGGCUCACCGGCCUCUACCGAUGUUACGACUUUUGAGACUCCACAAAAUAAUACAGGCAGGAGGACCAGAUCGACCUUGGACCCGACACUACUCGGCUCCAGUACCCCCUACGUGAAGGGCAGGUCGUCCACCAACAGGUCUUACUCGAAUGCAAGCGACAAUAUCUCGAGCCAACCUGCGAUGCUUACACAAUCAACAAUUAGGAGUUCAAAAUCAAGAAGAUCAAAAUCAUUGUCGACUCCGGAGAACUCUGAAGAGGCCAAGAAACACAUCUCAGUGAACAGCACGCGCAUAUCUCGCGCCGCGCGCAGUAAAUCGCGCCUGCAAGACAGUGCGCUAGACGCCGGCGACGAGGACUCCCCGCGGACGUCGCGCGCCUCGCGCUCCGCCUGCAGUCCCGCGCGUGACGAAGGCCUCUCCACUCCCGAGAAUGUACACAGCCCCGAAGAAGCCAGCACACCUGUUCUUAGUAUACAGAGCCUUUUAGAUUCUAGUAGUUCUUUCAUCGCACAAAAACCUACAAGAAAAAGUAAACCAUCAUUCAAUACUAAAAGAAAAACUAUCGGAGGACUUCCGUCGAGAACUAGAACUAGGGCCAGUGCCAAAUGCAAGUCUUUAAGUUUCAACACGGGAAAAGCUAGACUGAGUGACGACUCCGUGGAGAUAUUGAACAACAAGGAUGAGAGCGAAGUAGUGACGCCGAAGAGUGCCGUCAAGUUAGUUCAAGAAGCGGUAAAGAACAAACACUCGACAGCUAAAAAGCCGCAGUCGAAACGGUCGAUAAUAGACGAUUUGAACGAGUCUGAUAUAGUGAAGCAACUGUUCAACAGUCCCGUGAAGAGGAAGCUGUCGCAGAGCAUGACGGAGUUCUCCAGAAAGCAACUGUUCGAGGAAGACGAGACGGCGCAGGCUCGGCGCCCCACGCGCUACACCGUCGCGCUCACGGGGCGCACGCCCGAAAACUCGCUGCUGGACCAUACCGACUCGUACACUCCAGAAAUGUUCGUCAGCCCAAUCAGCACUCCCACCCGCAGCCCUAGUUUAGAGGGCGUUAAGCUUAUGUUUGCCAAAACUACUCCCGAAAACGAUUUACGAAAUGUGAAAGGAGUGAAGGCCUUACUGCGCACGCCUCGCACCAGGAGAUCUAUCAAAAAUGACCUGAGUAAUGUGUCGGGUGUUAAGAACGUAUUUGCCAAGAGUCCUAAAAAUCGACUAAGUGAUGUCAGGGUCAAGGAAGUAUUUGCGUCUUCGCCUAAAAACGAUUUGCGUCGCGUGACCGGAGUAAAAUCCCUGUUCCAAACAGUUGAGAAAAGAAAGUCGCCUAGAAAUGAGUUAGACGAUGUGGUAGGUGUAAAACGGUUAUUUAAAAAGAGUAGUCCGGCGAAUGAUCUCCGGAACGUGUCCGGAGUUAAAAGAGCUCUCCGUAGAAAUAGCCCAAGGAAUGAGCUCGAGAACCUGCAUGGGGUCAAGCGAAUGUUUGCGAGAGACGCGAGAGACGACUUGAACGACGUUAGUGGGGUUGAAGAAUUGUUUAAUUUGUCAAACCUUUCUGUGUCUACCAGAGCAGAAAGCUUGUUUGAUCAGUUAGUAGGAAAACCUCAGAUAAAAGUAGUGUAUUCUAAAACAUUUUCCAAGAAAACCCCAGUUAAGACAAAAACUUACAAAACGAAGUCAUUGCACGCUUCCUUAGAGCAAGUAUCUGAUGAUUGGCUACAACAAGAGCUCAAUAGACGACAGCAAGUGAAGAGUUAUCUAAACUCUCUGAACUCCGCUAAUAGGUCUAAGACAAGGAAAUCAAAGUCGAUACACACCUCUUUAGAUCAAGUCGCAAACGUCGAUGUGUUGCUAGAUCAAGAGUUAAACAAAGAGCAACAGAUUAAUAAUUACCUGGAAUCUAUUAGAUCGGUUGACGACUCACAGACAAAAAUCAACAAAUCUAAAAGGAAUCAGUCGGCAUCUUCCGACAAGGCACAUGCGGCGACGGCCAACGUGACCCGCGAACUGCAGAAGUUGGUGACAGAAACAGUCGAGGGCCACACACCGAUCUGCACGUCGAGGACUAGGAACAGUAGCCUCGCGGCCGGGGACGGCUCGCAGCGCGGGAAGUCAGCCUCGCAGCUGUACAGUGCGCACAAACUGCCUCUUAAGAAGAGGUCGCUAGCCGACGCAGGCGGCUCGGCGCCGGCGCUGUCGCUGGCGGAGCCGGGCGGCGCGGGGCUUGCGCUGCCGCUGAAGAAGCGCGGGUUGCAGCACUCCACGCCGCUGAAGGGCCGCGCGCCGACCGCGCCGCGCGCGCCGCACUCCCCCAUCGCGCCGCCCGCCUCCCCUCUCCGACACAGGUCUACUAAAUCAAAAGAAACUCCUGAAGAUUUAAGAAACACAAAAACUUAUUGCGAUACAGAAGCAGUUAGUGAAAAUGUCAAACCAUCGCCGAGAAAAACUCGUGGUAGAGGGAAAGCAGUUUCGCCUAAAACUAAACCUAAAGCUAGUCCCGCUAGAAAGAAAGCAACCGUUACUGUUGACAAGCCUCGCGCUGUAUUGGCCGUCUUAGCGAACGAAGAGAAUUCACCGAAACUGGUCAGUCCUAUAAGAAAAACCAGACAAACUAGGACUAAACGAGUAAGUCCUAUAAAGAAAAUAGACACUACUGUGCAAAUGACAGUUUCUCGUAAAAAAGAUGUCUCGACCAAAGAGACCAACGCAAGGCAGCGCGCGCCAAGGUUGACUGUCGCAAAGAAAUCAUUACUUAAGAGCCCACCGGCGGCCCAGAGAGCGUCGAGAAAACGAAAAGAACCAGAGACUAUGUCGACACCGAAACCCAGUCCUAAGAAAACGCGAGCUACUCGCAACAACACUUCUAAUAAAGAUGUUAAGUCAAAGACACCAAAGAGCACAAGAGCCAAAGUUCAAAAGGCUUCUGUUGUAGUAAGUAAACCCUCACCUUCCUUGAAACCACGACCAGUCCGUGGUGAACAAGAAACUACUAGGAAGUCGCGAAGAACCGUAACAGCCCAGCCUCCUCUAGAAUCUCGUAAGAAAUCUCAAGCAUCUAGUAAAACACGAGCUGAAUUAUCACCUAACAAACCCUCACGACGAAAUACUACGAACAAAACGAAGGACAGGAAUGUUGUUGACAAACCUGAUGUUAAACCCAAGACAAGUGAACCGACCACUCGGAAGACUAGGAAUAACAAGCAAGAAUCGUCUAACGAACAACCGAAACCUUUGAGAGGUCGUGGAAAGAAAGUGCUAUCGCAAGAGAGCUUACCAUCAGAAACUAUAAGCCGAGGUCGACGGGCCACUAAACCCGACCCCGAACCGGUCGUACAAGAAGUUAAAACUCGCAAACGAAAGACAACAGCACCGGACAAUGACAUUCCGUCUAAAGUAAGAAAGUCUAAGGGAAGUGACAGUCGCAGCAAGCAGGCCACUAAAGUCGAUGCAGAUACAGGCAGGUCACGGAAGCAGUCCGCAACCGCGCAAGGAAGUACAGACAAGGCGGCCGGGGGCACUGCUCCACGCAGGAAGACUACGGCGCCCUCCGAGCCGGGACUCAGCACGCGCAGGAGAAAGGCGAACCAGGAGAACAAUUCCGAUAAUCAGAUAACUAGGAAGCGUAAGAGACAGACAGCCGCAGAGUCUUUGCCUUCAGAAGGUAAACCUACAGGCCGUAGCCGCCGGAGAUAGCGCGCGACGCCACAGCGCACUCACUCAAGUACAAAUAGUUACAUAAACACGGUGCACGGGGGCAAUAUAAAUUUUGUGAAGACUUUUAUAAACAGUGUAUUGAAUGGGAAACAUGUUUUUGUGACAAUAUUAUUUCGUGCUAGUUAAUAAUAUCAUCAGUUGUCGGCACUAUUUUGCUAAAAGUAGCGUACAGUGUACACUCGUACACGUUAUAUUGUGCUGUCCUUACACAUUGGUAUGGUAAGGUAGCAUUGCCAUAACCGUUUUAUGUAAAAAUAUCUGGUUAUAUAUUAUGAAUAUUCAAAUUGCUGUUAACAUUUUUAAUCGCAUGACAAUACAAAUUAUAUAUUUUUAUUCAUUUACAUAGAUAUCCUUAAGAAUCAACAUAAAAUGCUGAUACUGAUCAUGAAUAAGCCAAUCUCGAUCUGUUGUGAGAAUCUUAACGAUCAGAGGUAAUAAGUUUGUAGGGUAUUGAUAUAAAAAUUAAGUUUUCUUUGCUGUAGAUUAAUUAGUGGACUGGGUGGAAUUUUUAUGGAAUUGAUUACGGGGCCUUUUCCCCUCUCGCAUAUUUCCGUCGGCUAGUACAGAGGCGUCAACGUUGUCGAAAGAUAGUAAGACUCCCAGUUUUGAUAAAUGUCGCGCGGACGCAGUGAAUGCACGUGAACUCUGCGAUGUGGAAAGGGCCCUGCUAGUAAGUAGUACAUUACUGUGCUAUAGCGCUGGACACAAGGCGCGCCAUGUUCAGCACAUUUUUGUUCAAAUAAGCACAAAUGGGCCCAACAAAUCAUGUGUACAAUUGAUUAAUUUUAUUCAAUGUUUUAGGAGUUUGUUUAAUUAGUUUUGUUGUGUGCGUAUAGUUAGCGUCAAGUAUGGGCAUUUAGGGUUCACAAAGAACAUUGGCUUUUAGAAGCAACCAAACCACAAUUAAGUUUAUCGGUCCGUAAGUUCAACAAACAUACUCAAAAAACUACUUUGGUACCUAACUUUGGCAGGACAAAACAAAACAAAACAAUAUAAUAUACACAAAAGUUUUACGUAAAUACUGCUGUCCUCUUUAUAUUGAGUAUCCACUUACAAAAUUCUUGUGUAAUGUAAUAAAAAAUAUGAUAUAAACCUCAUGUAACAUGCUAUUUUAUGUUAUGAAUGGUAUUCCAUAAUUUUCUUAUUUCAAAUGCUUGUGGGUAAAACGUGAAAUAGAAUUCGAGGGAUGAAAAGACGCAGAAGGGGGGAAUAAUGAAUAAAAGGCAAAUUGGCCAACAUGUAUUCACCCCCUCAAAUUGUGUUCAUCCCGUUUCACGCUAGGUAUCCAUGAAUCACGGACGCUUUGUCCAUCGAGAAGAGUGAUUGAUCCACGAGUGGUUUCUUCACAUUUGAUAUACCCUAAAUGUCAUAUAUAUUUGAGGCUGACUGUAAUAUUAGUUUUAAUAUAGUCUCUUAUUUUUUUUGUUGUAUUUAAUUCGUCACAGGACAUACUUUGUGAACAAAACUUUUUGGAUUUUCAUGUUCAGAUGUCUUCUUGUGCUGGAUUAAUACAAUUUAGAAUUUUAGCUUGAUUGAUUAAUUUCAUAUUCUUCAUAAUUGGCGAAGAUUCUAUUUUAUCUUACUGACUGUGUGUCGACUAGGUGGGGAGUGGGUUUUGGUAGUUAUACACAAAUAUUUUGGCUUUAAAUAUAUUUUUUUAAUGUACUAAAUACAAAUAAAAAUAUGC